GUCAGGCAGGUCAGAGGUCAGCCUGUUAGAGCAGCAACGGUCUGGCUUUUCAGCUGGGUAGGAGACGGUCAACGCUAACGGGUGAGCAGGCAGGGAGAGUGGGCGUACUGACCAGCUAUUGUCGAUCGCCGCCGGAGACCUUCUGCGUAGAACAACAGGCUGGCAGGAAACCCAUCCAUGGCUGGCUGCUAGUCGUGUAUUGAGAUUGCUUGUGAUGCUGUAGUUUUAGACUCAAGUGACCUUCGACCCAAGUGGUAACCAUGGCGACGUCACCAGAGAACGUCCUGACGACGAUGAUGCGAACGGGUUCGACCGUUUCGCCGACGGACACGUUCAGCGGGAACAUCACCCGAUGUGAUACGCUGACGUACGACUACGACAUCGCUACCUCUGUUAUAUGUGGGAUGUGCUUCCUCUUCGGCAUUGUGUACUGCUUCUUUGGUUACCGUUGCUUCAAGGCCGUCAUGUUCCUGACAGGCUUCAUCUUUGGUUCAGUCAUCGUGUUCAUGCUUUGUAACGAGGAACGUUUCUAUACCACGUACCUGAGCGUGGAAGCCAGCGCGGGAAUCGCUAUCGGAAUCGGCGUUCUAUGUGGACUAGUGACGAUGCUCAUAAAUGCAGUCGGACUUUUCAUGACUGGGUUCACGCUUGGGAUGUUCCUCUCGGCUGCCCUUCUGAUCGUGCUGGAGGCGUUCUACCACCCGCCGACGGUCUGGAUCCCGGUGGGGAUCAUCUUCGGUGUGGGGAUCCUGUUCGCCGUGCUGACGCUGCAGUGGCAGAAGUCGUGCACCAUCCUGGCGACGUCGGUGUUCGGGGGCGCCAUCAUGACGGUGUGCGUGGACUACUUCGUGGAACACUUCAUCAUGGUGCAGUACGUGUGGGAGCGCUUCAUGGCGGCCGUGUCGGAGCCGGUGUGCUGGUACUCCUGGGUCAUCCUGUCCAUCUGGCCGGUACUGAUGGUCAUCGGCGUGGUCGUGCAGCACAGAGUGACCGGCAGGAACUUUGACCACCAGGAAGCCUCACGAUCGCACAGACGGUACUCGCUCACGGAAACGCGGGAACCCCCUCACGAGGGGGAGGAUGUAGUUGAAAAUAAUCGGCAACAGCGUGAUGUAGUGGUUGUGAUCAGCAGGAAGAAGCGGCGUGUGCACCUGUACAGGAUACGUCAGCAGGACGCCCGCGUGCGCCAGCGCCACAUGAUGGAGGAGAGAUACCGCCAGUACCAGGACCUCUACAGACCCGUCCGACGUUUCCAUGGCGAUAUCAUCACGCAGAACUACCUGCAGAGUCUACAGAACAAGUCCCCUGGUCCGCAGACUCCCACCUCGCAAACACCGACGUCCAUCGAACCUGAAACUCCUCCACCACAGCUGGAAACGUACACCCCAGCACACGGGGCCAACGUCACUCCCUCCGCACCUGUCGUGGCCGUGUAAUCUCUACAGAACAACACCCACUGUCACACAGGCUUGUGUACUUUCCAUUCACCCCUAUUUUGUAGUGGACGUCUCCUGAGAUUGAUAAGUGAAGAUGUGGUAGACUGGCACUGUCCACUUUCAAAAUAGGGGUGAAAGAGAUGACUGCAACAAAUCUAGAUCAGGGGA